GUAGGCAGUAUCCGGUCAGGCUUCGUCAUAGGCUAAAGGCGACUCUCUAAAUUUGGGAUUGAUUUCAAGCUUGUCGACGUGAAGGAGCAGUUCAAUUGUUGGCAAUCUAUAGAGGUAAAUCGUUGACGACAGCACUUUGAUACAUGACAAAAGAUGGUCAGACCUCAAUUUGGACCUCCGCGUGUAAAGCCCAGCAGAUCUUAUGGAGAUGGUCAUGGCAGUGGGCAGAGAGAGGAAAAUUACUCUCCUAACUCCAAAACAAGAAGAGACCCCCAUGGCCACCCGGGAAAGCCCAGUGUUAACUGGAGAGAGUCGAGGGGUCGAGGUCGACCCCCACCUGACAGAAGAGUUCCACUGAUAGAAGACAGAGAGCCACGUUUUAAUAAUUGGAGGGCACACAAUCAGGAUUCAUAUCGAUCCUUUCCUCCCAAAAUAGAACCACCUCACAGCCAGAGGAGGCCCCCUUCUUCUAGACCAAACCGCUCUCCUCAUGCCCACCACCAGUCAUCAUCCCGCAGUCCUGCACGGGGGUCCCCGGGUCAUAGGGGGCCUCCUCCCUUUGGUCACUCCUCAGCUCACAGGUCACCCUCCCCAAGACAUUUCCGUGGCCAUCCUGGUGAAAAGAGACCUGGCCCCGCACCAGCCUUUCACGGUUCUUUCAGGGAUGGAAAAAGACAGCCCGGUUUCUCCCACCAGGAACAGAGGUACAGAGGUCCGCGUGUGGAUGUCAAUUCAAGAGAGAGGCCCUUUGUGGACUCUGGUCACAGCAAGAAGCGAUGGAACGACACUGGAGGAUUCUCUCACCCACACAACGGCAAACAUGGGCCUCCUGGGCCUCAGCGGAGCCCGAGAGAGAUGCAUGGGAGAGGCUCGUGUCCAGAGAGGUGGUCAUCUGAGCAAGACUCCAGAAGGCAACGUGGUCCCAUGGAGAGGCAGGGCGGCAGACUCCACAGCAUGGAGAGUGCAAAAGAUGUCCCUCGUUUGCCCCUUUUCAGACCCCCACCUUGGAAAGGAGGCCCGCAACCAUCAUCGUCCUUCCACAGGAGUCCCCAGGUCCGGGAACUGACAGGCCCCCGCAAGAGGAGACUAUCAGAUGCCAGCAUGCCAUCAUCCAGUUUGGCACCGGAUCACAGUGCCCCUAAAUAUCCCAGGAGAGAGAGAAUUUCACUUCUCAGUAUUCCCAGACCAUUUGGUGGAAGACCCUUAUCACUUAGGGAUAAAAGUUUUAUAUUUAAAGGUAGACAAAUAAGGGUUGAGUCUCCCAUGAGACUCAGAAUUCCUCCACGCUUUAGACCCAGGUUGCCCCUUGGUGACAUACCCCCUCGAGCACCUCACAGCUCUGUUCUUGCUAUCAGGAAGAAACGCUUCCAGUCUAAUCCGGUUCUCCUGAAAAGGGUGAAACCAAAAGACACAAGAGCUCAAGAGUCCCCCAGCAGAGAUGAGGAUGAGGAUGAUGAUGAUGAUGAUAAAGCAAGCAGGUCCCUGCAAGAGACUAAUACCAGAAAAGAACAGGUGGAGUCUCGUCGCUCCUUGAAUGCACACAGAUCAUCCCCCAUCGAGAAACGGGACCUUGUCGUUUUGUCUCACUGGGCAGCCGGCCAAAGCACGUCCAAGGACGACUCUCCUACGAAAGACCGGAGCCCAAAAUCAAAAACGGACCUCAGUCCACACACGUCUCUGAACAGCCGACCGGCAAAAGCUGAAUCAAAGUCUCAUCCACCUGAAAGAAAACGAGGAUAUUUGGAAAGAAGAACAUUCAGGCCAGUUGAUUUAAUGCCAGAUAGGCCCUUCAGACGACCUGGACCCUUGCAGAGACCAAGGUUUCCGGGUGCAAGGAGGCCUGGUCCUGAGCCAUCUGCAAAUUUUCGAAGGCCGCUCAUGCAUUGUUCUUCUUAUAACAAGGAGAACCUGGUGCCACGUCCCUUUCCAAACCAGAAGCCAGUGUUCACAAAAAGUCACAGUAUCAUGUCUAAGUACCGCAAUAUGAGAGUUAUGCGACAGCGUGCUCCUUACAAUCGAGGACCUCAACACCGCUGGUGACUGCCUCAGGCCCUGGUACUGGAGACACUGGAAAAAGUCGCCAAUGAAGUUGUACUGGCAAUGAGCGUCACUUAUUUAAGUCUUGUAGAAUAGUGUUUUUUUUCCUGUAAGAUUUUGUCAUCUCAAUUAUUGCAGUAAAAAUAAAAUGUUAAUGAUUAUAUCGGUGUAUUUUUUUUUUUUUUUGGUUAUUGUUCUAUAUAACAUGUCUUGUUUUGAGAUAUUAGGGUUGUCCCAGAACACUAGAGCUUUUCACAAAACGUUUUCCCUCUUGUUUAUUUCCAGAACAUUUACCAUGACACAAUGUUAUGUAUUACAACUAACUCAGAGUAUUUGGUGUAUUCCAUCUUUAGCAUUGAAGAUUACCUUAUUCUAUUAAUUCACCUUUUUUGAGCUUUUGAAUAAAAGAUGGC